AAAAUUGGCCCCACCUGCACCGCUGUAAGCCUGCAACUCAAAUGAACAAAAUGUGCCAGGCUCCUGAAAACCCUAGCACGAGUAUCACCAAAACCCUUGCGCGUAGAGUAGCAAACAUCCCUCCCCUCGAAACCAAGGCCAAAAGAUAACUCUUUAGUAUCGGAUGUCCACAGUAGAAGAAAGAGCUGAGCAAUUAGAACAGCUAGCACCGGAAAAUGAAGCGCAAGAAGAAGGUGAAGGAGUAGAGGAAGAGCUGUCUUGGUCGUCGGACUCCGAAAUCGGAGAUGCUUUGGAUUGGUUAGACUCGAAAGACGACGAUGAAGCUGUCGAUGGAGCUAUUACUCUCAAUUCGAGACGCCCGAAUGCUCAUGGAGGUAUCCACUCUCGUCCUAAUUCCUCCACGCUGCAACCUCUCUCUAAUCGCAACCAGAAGUUUUCUCAUCACAUCCGCGCUUCUCCUUUAGAGGAGUGGGAAGGGAGGUUGAAUGUUGGCAUGUCCAAUUCUGUAACAACUGCAAUUCGUGAAAGUGUUCGAGACAUGGCUAUUGGUAAAACUAAAACCACCGAGAAAGCAGAUCGUGCAACUGUUGAGCAGGCUAUUGAUCCUCGAACUCGCAUGGUUCUGUUCAAAAUGCUGAAUCGGGGUGUAUUUCAUGAUAUUAACGGCUGCAUUUCAACUGGAAAAGAGGCAAAUGUGUAUCAUGCAACAAAAUCUGAUGGCCAGGAACUUGCAAUAAAAGUGUACAAAACUUCAGUUCUGGUUUUCAAGGACCGAGAUCGGUAUGUACAAGGUGACUAUCGUUUUAGAUAUGGAUACUGCAAGCACAAUCCUAGGAAAAUGGUGAAGACAUGGGCGGAAAAAGAAAUGAGGAAUCUUAUGAGGCUGAAGGCAUCGGGAAUUAGGUGUCCUACUCCAUAUCUUUUGAGACUUCAUGUUCUGGUCAUGGAAUUCAUAGGAAAGGCUGGUUGGGCUGCACCUCGUCUUAAGGAUGCUGCCUUAUCGUUGGACAAGUUACGAGAAAGUUAUGUAGAGAUGAUUAUUGCAAUGCGGACUUUAUAUCAGAAGUGCAAACUAGUGCAUGGAGACCUCAGUGAAUAUAACAUACUCUAUUUUGAGGGUCACUUGUAUAUAAUUGAUGUCUCUCAAGCAGUUGAUCUUGAUCAUCCCCAUGCCCUUGAUUUUUUACGUGAAGAUUGUGUUCAUGUUUCUGACUUUUUCAAGAAAAAUGGUGUUGCUGUUAUGACUAUACGGGAGCUAUUUGACUUCAUAGUUGAUCCAACCAUUACUGAUGAUACUGUUGAUAGUUAUUUGGAAGAGGUUCAACAAAAAAUUUUGGCAAGAGAAUUAACUGCAGAAGACGAAAUCGCGGACUCCGUUUUUGUGCAGUCAUAUAUUCCGAAGACAUUGGAUCAUGUCAAGAAUGUGGAGGAGGAUGUAAUACGGAUAACAAGCGGCAAGGAUACGGGAGAUAUGUACUAUCAAACGAUUACAGGACUAAAGGAGGCUCUUUCUAAAGUUCAAUCUUCUACAGCCCAAAAAGAUCACAAGGAAGAGGAUUUGAACCAUGUAGAAGACUCUUCUGUCAACAAAGAUGGUCAGUCUAAUUCUCAUGAGGGUGAAUCUGAGGAUGAGACAGAUGAAGAUGAAGAUGAGAACUUGAGCGAGUCAGAUGACAGUGAUUCCUCAUCUGAAGUUGAGAAAAAUGGUCCUGUUGACAAAAAAGCCGCAAGAAAAGCAAAUAAGAAGAAAGUCAAAGAAGAGAAGAGAGAAGCUAGAAAGACUAAGGUCCCAAAAGCUGUAAAGAAAAGAAAGAAGAAAUUGGCCAAAGCCAAGAAAACCAGGUAAACAUUUCUGCCUAGAUUCCAGAAUUUAUGGAAUCUGCAGUUCAUUACAGAAUUAAUUUAUAAGAUGACUUAAAAGCCACUGAUACAGGGGCAGAGGCAAUUUUGACACUUUUGUUGUUACUGCCUUUGUCUGUUUAAUUAUUCAUUUUAAUUUUUGGGGUUGAAAAGGUACCUGUUGUCCUUGUAUAACCUAGUUAGUACAACUGUAAGGGGUUAAGUUCAUUUCUACGUCAGUAUAGCAUGCUUGCAUUUUUUUUAA